ACCAUGCAUUCUUGGUCUGCGCGUGGGCGACAGAAUAAGCCUGCUUCGGACCUACGGCAUGCCUGGAUCCACCGCCAUGGCGAGCGACGGGGCACCCGAGUCCACCAAGAAGGUCUGCGUCGUCGGAGCGGGCAUGUCAGGGCUGGCGGCGGCGCGGGAGCUGCGCCGGGAGGGCCAUGCCGUGACGGUCAUGGAGCAGGGCGGCGACGUCGGCGGGCAGUGGGUGUACGACCCGCGGGCCGACGGCGACGACCCGCUCGGGGCCAGGGCGCCGGUGCGGGUGCACGGCAGCAUGUACGCGUCGGUGCGGCUGCUCAGCCCGCGCGAGUGCAUGGGCUUCUCCGACUUCCAGUUCGUGCCCAGGCCCGGCCGCGACGCGCGCCGCUUCCCGGGCCACCGCGAGAUGCGCUGCUACCUCAGGGACUUCUGCGCCGCGUUCGGGCUCGCCGACGCCAUCAGGCUCAACACCAGGGUCGUGCGCGUUGCCAUGGCGCCACCGCCGCCGCCGCCACGUGAAGCUCGCGGCGGCGGCACCUGCUCGGACGUGAAAUGGCAGGUGAGGUCUGUACACGUGGGGCCUGACGGCGGCGAGGAGGGGUCGCCCACGGAGGAGGUGUUCGACGCCGUGGUCGUGGCCAACGGCCAUUACUCGCAGCCAAGGCUGCCGAGCAUCGAAGGAAUGGAGGUGUGGCGGCGGCGGCAGCUGCACAGCCACUCGUAUCGGGUGCCGGACCCCUACCGCGACGAGGUGGUGGUGAUUGUCGGCUGCGGGGACAGCGGCCUGGACAUCGCGCUGGACCUCCUCGGCGUCGCCAGGGAGGUCCACCUCGCCGCCAAGUCCAUGGAGCUCGCCACGACGCCGGCGGUGUCCAAGCUGCUCGCCAAGCACGCCAACCUGCACCUGCACCCGCACGUGGCCCGCCUGUGCGCCGACGGCCGGGUGGCGUUCGCCGACGGCUCGUGCGUCGCCGCCGACGCCGUCGUCUACUGCACCGGGUACGUGUACUCGUUCCCGUUCCUCGACACGGGGGGAGCGGUCACCGUGAAGGACAACCGCGUGGCCCCGCUGUUCGAGCACACCUUCCCGCCGUCGCUUGCGCCGUCGCUGUCGUUCGUCGGCGUCCCGAUGCGGGUCUUCGUGCCGUGGUUCCUGGUGGCGCAGGCAAGGUGGAUCGCGAGGGUUCUGGCCGGCAGGGCGGCGCUGCCGCCGGAGGAGGACAUGCUGCGGGCGGUGCGGGAGGACUACCGCGCCAGGGAGAUGGCCGGUCUGCCGGCGAGGUACUCGCACGACAUCGGCUUGUUCAAAUCCAGUGAGAUCCGUGGGUUCGUCAGAAAGUACACGGACCUCCCAGACAUGGAGGACUGGAAGAUGGAGCUGUUCUUGACAGCUUUCGGGAACAUGAACGACGACCGCGAGACCUUCCAGGACCGCGACGACUACGGCGUGAACGUUCGCGAGGGUUUCCAGAGAUGGCUCGCUUCAGCCGGUGCCCAAUACCAAGCUGCUAUUGAUGCUGCGCAAGUGCCGGCUCCAUCUCAUGUCUGAACUCUGAACUACUUCUGAACUCUGAUCAGGUUGAUUUGCGCGCGCGCAAACGGGAUCUUGGAUGUGGCUGAAUAACUUGCGACGAUGGAAUGCCAAAAGAUUGUCCUGUAAUUGUGAUUUCAUAAAUGGGAUCUUAUUUUUACAGUCUUUACAACUUCACCCGUGAAA